ACACUUUUGGUCCCAUAGUUCAACAGAUUCAUCAACCAAUUUUAUUAUAAAAAACGGAUAAGUCUUAAUCUUGCAAACCAACUCGACCAUUUCACUUAUAAAUUUGCUAUAGCCACUUAUAGUUUGCACUAAUAUUGAGAAUAUCAAAUAUGUCUGAGGGAAGAGGCAGUGCAUCUAUGAACAUGGUGACUGUAAUGAUUUCACUAUUGUGCCUUUUGUUUCUGGCUGAAAGUAUUAAUGCAGAAACUCACAUCGUUGGUGGAGCAAAGGGAUGGACCUUCAACACUAAAAAUUGGCCUAAUGGAAAAGAAUUUAGUGCUGGCGAUGUGCUCGUUUUCAACUAUAAUUCAAAGAUACACAAUGUGGUUGUUGUGGACAAAGCUGGAUACACCAGCUGCAAAACUCCGGCGGCAGCUGGUUAUGAAACGUUCAAAUCAGGGAAUGAUGAGAUCAAGCUAGAAAGUGGGGAGAAUUACUUCAUAUGCAACUUUCCUGGCCACUGCCAAACUGGAAUGAAGAUUUUCAUCAAUGCAGUCUAGUAGUUUUCAAGCUAAGUCACAAUAAUAAUAAGAUAAUUUAUGGUCAAUUAGCUAGGGGAUUCGAUCUCUUUGGUUACCAAAAAUAACAGCAUGAGUACUAUUUUAAUUU